AUGAUAGAUCAUGGUGCAGGUUAUGUAAAGCUUACUUUAAGAGUUGCAGGUCCUUCGUCGUCUUCGUCAUCUACUGCUGCUUGUCCUAAGAAAAGGAUUUUACCACCAAGAAAGGUUGGUACUUUAGCAAGUGUUUUAGCGGAAGAAGUAGCAGCUGGACAAGAAGAGUCUAUUACCGGUGACACAUAUAUUAUGCUGACUUCGGAUGAAAAUAUUUCUCAAACAUGUGACAUAGUAGAAGAAAAAGGUUUAGACAUAAGGGAGGAAACAACAAUGACCAAUAAAGAAGAGGAAACAAUAAUGACUAAUAAAGAAGAGGAAACAAUAAUGACCAAUAAAAUAGUAGAGGGGGAGGAGGAAGAAAUACAAGUGCCUUCAUUCAAAAUUUGGGAAGAAGAUGUUGGUAGUGGGUUACGUAGUAAAGCUCAAGAGGAAGAUAUUUCCGAUGCUGCCUAUGAAAAACGUCAUCGGAAGCACGAGCUUGCUGAGAAGAAAUUAAAGAAUAGAGAGAGGGAAAGAUUGGCGUAUGAACGAUAUCAGCAACAAUUGGCAGUUGAGAGAUUACGAAAUACUGAUUCCAAAAGUUUAAUAUCAGUUGCAGCUUUUCGUAAUAAUGAUGUGACAAAUGAUAUGAGUAAAUUGGAAACAGUACAUAAAAAACUUCUUAAAGAAGCAGAAGAUACAUUAGCACGAUAUGAUUCAUUGGGAUUAGGAGGAAAUAAACGAAAGGCAGAUAUGAGUAGUAAUAAUACUAAUAAUACAGAGGGAGAAAGUAAAAAUACUGAACCAGAAAUUAAGACUACACGAACUCGUGGGUCAAGACGUAUUAGCAAUACGGAUUCAGAUGAUGCACCUCCGAAAACAAAAACGCCAAAAGUUGAAACUUCUACUAGAGUAACUCGAAGUAGAAAGAAAAAGAAUGAUAAACAAGAAGCAGGAAGUGGUAUUACUAAAACUCAGAAAACAACAAAAAUCACCAAAACUGGUAAAGUUCAAUAUCCUGUCAAAGAGUCACGGAAGUCAAUUGUAUCAACUUCGAAAAAUAUUUCCAAAAAUACCAAAAAUAAAUCAUCUAAUGAAUCACCUGCUCCUCCUCCAAUAAUUCGACAACGAGUUACCACAUUUAUUGCGCCCAAUACAGCUAUGCCAACAGGAUCACGUAAGAGUUCGCGAUCAGCAUUAGCAUUUGGGUCUAAAAUUUCAUCAAAGAUUUUAAUUAAACAAGAAUUUUCAUUACCAGAGACAAUGUUUGGUGAAAUGAUGAAAGAACGAGAGAAAUUGAGAAUUCUUGAAUAUCAACGACAACUAGAUGUAGUCAAAGAAAAUGAUACGAUGGCUAAAGAAACUAAAAUAUAA